CUUGGCUUCGGGAUAAUCUUGAAGUAAUCAAACACUACGGAGAUGUGGAAAGUAUAGCACAAAUGGAGGAGAACUGUGGGGGCGUCUACUUUGUGCCCGCCUUUCAAGGACUGUAUGCCCCGCACUGGGACUCCAACGCCACGGGAAUUAUAUUGGGUUUCACGCAAUUCAGUCGCAAAUCGCACCUAAUCCGGGCCACCGUCGAGAGCAUCGCCUUCCAGGCCAACGACAUAUUAUCCCUCAUGAGGUCCGACAGCAAUGGCAUCAAAAUAGACGGCGUUAUGUCGUAUAACAACGCGUUGGUCCAAUCCCUGGCCGACAUAACCGGCCAACUGUUCGUGAGGCCCAACAUAUGCGACACGAUAUCAUUGGGCGCGGCUAUGAUGGCCGGGUAUCAGAUGGGCAUUUGGGACAUCCGUACGGAACCGAACUCA